AUGCCAUCGGAUUCGACCAAUGCACUAAAAUUCGUUAUUACCGGGGCUGGUAUCGCGGGCCUGACAUGCGCGUAUUUUGUAAAAAGAGCGGGGCACGAUGUUGUAGUACUGGAAAAGUCAUCUCGCAGAGAACAAUUAAAAAACGAGGAUGGAGGUGUGAGAAUACCUCCAAAUAUGAUGCGGCUACUGCAAGAACUACCAGGCAUGGAAGAGACGUUGAACGCAAAGGCAACAAAAUGUGCCGGGAUAUUGUUCCACCAAUGCAAGGAAGACGGGUCCGCAGAACUCGUCGGCAAAAUGGAUUUUUCACAAGAAAUCAUGGAUGAUUUGGGAUGUGAUUUCUAUUUUAUACCACACAAGGACCUUCACGAGCACCUCUACACCCUAUGCGUCAACUGUGGCGUCGAAAUUCGCCACGAGUUUGAAGUAGUAGAGGUUCAAACAAGUAGACCUCCCCAUGUAGAUGGCCCAAAGGUCUUCAGCAAAUCCGGAGAGUAUGUCACAGGCGAUAUCGUGAUAGGGGCAGAUGGUAAAAACAGCGUUGCUCGCAGGGUUCUACUAGCAGAACAAGAUGAAGCGGAAGAGGCGGAUUCUACUACGACUGGCUCAGAGAAAUCGGCGCUCUCUCCAAUAAAGGCCAUCGUUGGCGCGACAUUGUCUAUUCCAGUUUCACUCCUCGAAUCUGAUCCGGAACUCGAACCAUUACUACGAGUAGAAAACCACUGGAUGGUAUACAUGGGCGAUGGAACGAGUGUUGCUAUGGCACGAUACGGACCCGACAUUUACCUCCUUGACUUGACGUACGGGCAACCGCCACUCCUGGACAAUGAAGACGAGGAAUGGCUCUCUGGCGGAACACCUGUGCAAAGUGUCCUUGAAAAGGUGCAGGAGUAUGAUGCAAGGGUGAAGAAGCUCAUCAGCUUAGCAAAGACUAGUCAUUGGAACAUUCAAACCGUCUAUGAUCUGCAACGAUAUGUUUCCAAGUUCAAUCAAGUGAUGGUAGUUGGAGAUGCAGCUCAUUCUAUAUAUAUAAAUGGUACCCACAAUACUGCUGCUGCGUUCGAAGACGCAUUCACUCUCGGUCGACUCUUUUCGCGCUUUUCUUCCUCACGGCAGUCACAAUCCAACGCCUCAUUUCUCUUGAGCAGCUAUCAACAAAUCCAACAAAAACGGACUCGAGCAAUGGAAACGAGCGAGAUGAAUACGAUGCUUCUCUUGGGUAUACCACCGGGCAGUGAACGAGAAGGACGUAAUAAUGGUUUCCGAUUGACGCUCCAUCUAGAGGGAGCGGAUGAUGCGACUUUGGAACGCGUUUGGGCGGGAUACGUGGCACAAUUUAAUUACGACGCAAGGGAUGCAGUGGACGAGUGGUGGAUGACUUGGGCAAGACCAGGGAAUCGAGAAUCAUUGAUCAUUGAUGGUGUAUCUGUUAUAUCCGCGCAUUAA